AUGCGGCCACGCGCAGCCUCACGGGUCACAUGCAUACCUUUUGCUCUCCUUUGCUUCAGCCUUCUCGAGCCCUGCCUGCCUGAACUUGGAAGGGAAAAGUCGCACCGAUUCAAUUUCUUCGACGCUAAUCAUUGGCUAAUCAAGAGCGAAAUAUCGCGCUCGCUUUGGUGUAAGGUCUACAGUGCUCUACACUACCAUAUAUAUGCACCGUGGUUGCAUUGCGGUGCAUAUGACCAUCUUACAUUUGGAUGUGGGACCUGCCAGGAGACUGUGUCCUAUAUGAGACUAGUACGUGCGCGUAUGCACGGGAUCGGCAUACCGGAGUUGCCGGUCCGCCUCGACUAUUCAACACUCCCCCUCAACUCCGAAUCUAUGCCGAUGCGAGACGUGAAUCUCUCAUUGGUUGUCGAUAUUCAGUAG